AUGUCUGGUCUUUUUUUUACCUCCCUUCUGAGCAUCACAGCUCCGCUAGUAGCUGCAUACGCACCUGGUCUUGAGCUGGUCUACUCACUUGAACGGGCGACCCAGGGCAUCAGCAUCUCAGCCAACGGGCGCAAAUUUCUGUCGCAGCGAUACUCUACAACGGAGCCACCCCAGGCAGUGGAGCUUCUAAGCGACAAUACAACAGUUCUCUACCCGAAUGCUGCAUGGAAUUCGUACAACGCAAGCGAUUCGAGUUCAAACCCACGGGAGACCUUCGUUAGUAUUGACGGCGCGCGAAUUGGACCCGACGGGCGGUACUGGUUGGUCGAUGGCGGUUCGCAAGGCAUCAAUGGCUCAACCAAACUAGUGGGUGUUAAUCUCACCACUGAUGCUGUCGACAAGAUCUACUACCUGGACGAUAUCAAGGCAGACGACAGCGGUAUUGAUGAUGUCCGUUUUAAUGCAGCUGGAGACGUUGCCUACUUGAGUGAUACAGCCGGCGCCCUAUUGGUUUUGAACAUGACAACUGGAAACGGUGUGCGAGUCCUUUCAGAUGACGACUCAGCCUCCGCCUGGUAUCCGAUGAUGUACAACGGGACACUGGUGCCCGGAUACGGUGGCGAUGGCAGUACUCUUGCUGUUGGUCUGGACCAAAUUGAAGUAUCGCCGGAUGGAGUUUACAUGUAUUAUCAGCCUUGUAAUGGUGGUCUGUACCGAGUCAAGACCACAUAUGUUGAUGCCACACUGACUAACACAACAAUGGCUGCCUCACUUGGGGACUACGCUGAGCCAUUUGCUCUGACGCCGAGCACUGGAGGAACCACCAUCGAUGGCCAUGGCAACAUCUACGUCAGCGACACCAGCCUCCUCGCCAUCUGGAAGGUCACCCCUGAGGGCCGUGCCAGCAUUCUCGUUCAAGAUGACGCUCUCCUCUGGACGGACUUGAUGUGGGUGACAGCGGACAAGAAGCUCUGGCUGCCUGCCUCUCAGAUGCGUCCCGGCGGUGAUGGCUUAAUGGCCGAUGGGCCCAACUACAUCUUCACCUAUCCCAUUGGUGCUGGCCCAUCUCCUAUCGAUCAUGCAUAG